AUGAUUGUCAACCAGAAAUGGGAUUCCACGAAUGAUGAAACUAACAAGUUGAAUUAUCUGUUUGAAAGUAGUUCUUUGUUGCCGUCAGAUCUGAUCAAUUAUCCUAACCAAAUCGGUGGUCAUGGGCUUCUAUUUGGAAAUAAAUGUAAAAUAUUAUAUUCACAUGUUCAGUCAACUAUUUAUAAACCAAUACAACAUUAUCCUAAAGGUCCACAUGAAUUAGAAUUUUAUCAACGUUUAUUCGAUCCAAAUUGCAAUGAUUCCGUUUUAGUUGAGUUACGAAAAUUUGUGCCUGAUUUUUAUGGCCUCUAUCGAGAUUCUGAACAAAAACAUUUGUACUUGGGUUUAAAAGAUUUAUUGGCUAAUUUUAAACAUCCAUCAUUAUGCGAUUUAAAAAUGGGUCGUCGUACAUAUGCUCCUGAUUCUUCACCAUCGAAAAUAAUGAUUGAAUGUGCAAAAUAUAAAUGGCGUGAAGAAAUUGGAUUUCUAGUAACUGGAUUAAAAGUAUUCUAUCCAGAUAUUAAUGAAUAUACUACAUUUGAUAUUUUCUUUGGCAGAUCAUUAAAUCCAUCUACAAUAUAUGAUAAUGGUAUUCGUCUAUUUCUUGGUCCAGAUGUAAAUCGUGCAAAAAGAUUAGCUAAUCAAUUUGUUAAAAAAUUAACACAAUUAGCUAAAUGGUUUGAAAAUCAAAAUUGUUAUCAUUUCUAUGCAAGUUCUUUAUUAUUAGCUUAUGAUAGUGUUGAUGCCAAUGAUGAGAUCAUGUCAUCUCCGAAUACAAUCACCACCACCACCACCACCCAGUUACCAUAUUCAUAUUAUCAUCAUGAUCAUGAUCAUCAUCAUAGUUGUCAAGACAACAAUAAAGAAUCAAUUAUAUCCAACAUAGAUAAUAAUGAAGCAGAUGAAUAUGUUUUAGUAUAUUUAAUUGAUUUUACACGUUGGGAAUUAGUAACAGAUUGUAGUCAAAUAAAAGAUGAAAAUUUUCUAUAUGGUUUAAAUUAUUUAAUUGAAUUAUUUCAACGUGCAUCAUUGGAUUCAUCACCAUUGACUUAA